AUUCAUUCAACGACAGUAACCGGGCAUAUCUAGAACAGGUCCAUUUCUCGUUGACUGAAAUUUAAUUUAAAUAAGCCAAAAAAUAAAAUAAUAUGACGACUACUUCAACAUUUCAGGGCAUGAAUACUGAUUCAAAACCAUCAUCAAGGUUAGGAAUAUUAAAUAAUGUUUUAAAGGAUGUUGUUUUUUAAAUUAAGGAAGUACGCAGUACGGCAAUUACUAUUGCCUACCUUAAGUAUUUUUUUUUUUAAAGCAAACAAGCCCAAACGCAGUAAGUAAUGUAUACACAUAUACUCUCAGGGAGGUGUUGUCUGAGUGGUCAGGUAUGACUAAAACCCUCAACCUUUGAGAAAGUUAUUAUUAAAUAUAUUAUUUUGAAUAAUUUGUAUCAAUGACCACUGAAAAUUUUGAAAUUCAGAAUUCUAAAUAAAACACCAAUAUGUGGGUAGAUACUUCGGUAAAUCAAGGGAGACUACUACUUAUUGUGUAUCGGAAGUGGCAAUCGGAGCCGAAAAAUCCAAGUUUUUAAUUUUCCGAUGUGUGUGUCUAUUUAUUAUUAAAUGAGUACUUUUGACAUAUAUUUGAGUUCCGUUUCCGGCCUUAUAUUUUGAUAGACAUCUUGGCCUACAUUUUAAUCAAUUCCUUUUUCAUUUACAAUCAGUCAGCUUUGAGAAAAUCCUUGGUAAAUAUAAGGCGACUUUCAUCAUUAAAAUUAAGUCGAAGUAAAAGAUUUGUCACUACCAAAUUUUGUUUGCAUCUGGGGAAUGUAUUGAUCUACGUGUAUGCCAAUUAUGUGUUACGAGAGACGCCAUGUUUCUACGCGUUGCAGCAGGUCAUGCAGUUCGCUCAACCUAAUUUCGCCAUGUGGUGGGCCACGCCCCCUUUUUAAUGGCGGAAGUUGCCGAUACUUAGGAAAUAUUAAUUUAUUGGCAUUGUCUACACGUCCGGCGCGCUGGAUGUAUAUCUCCCGCACUAUUUGUCUGACGACCAAGUCACAUGACCGCCGUAACAAAGUGGCGAGAGAUAUCUUGUCGGGCAGCCUUGUCACGUUGACUGCGAAUGAUUCAAAACUAUUAUUAAUUUUAAAAUCUAUUUCUCUACCAAGUAAUGUACUGAGUAUCUUGAAUGCAAAUAAUAUAAAAAAAAACUUAAGUGAAAGAGCUUGUAAACAUUUUUGUCUAGUUUGUUAUUUGAGUUUGUGUACCAGUAAUCCAUAAAAUAAAUUUGGGGCCAGUGUGGAGUAGGCAACCAAUAAAAGUAAAAGAUUUCAUUUUAAAUUGUUUAAAUUGCUACAAAAUAUUUAAAAACUUCUCAUGAAACUACUGUUGCUGAUGAACAUGAUAAUAUAAAUUUAGUAUAAAAUAUUUGUAAUUAAAAUGGGAAGAAAAAAAAAGGACGUAUCCCCAGUAUUGAUCCUCAAAUCAUAAUAACGUCAAGCGACCACUCUACCAGUAGACCACACAAGAUCUACCAAAACUGCACUUCGUUCGGAAUUAUAAAAACUACUAGCCGUCCGGCGGUCACGUGACAUGCCGCCGGACGUAUAUCUUGCGCACUAUUUGUCCGGCGCGCCGGGCGUGUAGACACUUCGUAAUUUAUUACCACUAUUUACAUCAAAAUAUUUGAUAACUAGUGUUUCAGAAUGCAUUUUGAAGACAUUUAAAUUGGAAUGUUUUAAUUUGAGCUUUAACAACCCGGUAGAGUCCAUAUUAUAAAUGAUCAGAAUUUAUAGGCCAAAAGGACUCCUAAUUUAUUCAAAUUACAUGCACAUGAAAAAUUAAAAACUCGAAUUCUAUUGCGCCGACGCCCAUUUUUCCGAUACAAAUUUACCAGGAGUGUCAUGAAACUACUGUUGCUGAUGAACAUGAUAAUAUAAAUAUAGUAUAAAAUAUUUUUAAUUAAAAUGGGAAGAAAAAAAAACGAACUUAGGAGAAAUGUUGAACUACAUUCCCAUUGAGUUAAUUUUUUCUUUAUAUCAACGUUAUGUAAGGAGUAAGGAAAAUUGUAUAUCAAUAUAAGGCAUCUUCGCAUUAAAAAAUUCGGUCUAAAUGUUCAAAGUAGGUCUUUCAUAUUUAAAGUAGGCCUGCAUAAUUUGUUGAAGGACAUGUGUGCAAAAUUUCAUUGAGAUAGCUCAUGAAACAUUUUCACAAUUCUCCUCAACGUUGACCUCAUUAUGCAAAGGUCGCACAGGCCAUUUUGGAUUAGUGAUCCCACCCCCUUUUGAAUGGCGAAAACGCUGAUAAUUAGGAAAUAUUCAUUAUUACCUUUAUAUACAUCAAAAUAUUUGAUAACUUGUGUUUCGGAAUGCAUUUUGAAGACAUUUAAACUAGAAUUUUUAAAUUUGAGCUUUAAAAAGCCGGUAGAGUCCAUAUUAUUAACGAUCAGAAUUGACCGUGUGCAAAAAGUCAUAGAAAACCAUUCACAGCCAUUUGCCUAAUGCUAUGCCGUAGUACUACCUCAAGUUUCAAUCAUAAGAGUUUGACAUGUUCAAAAACUAUUAACACCAUUGGUAAGGGAAAGCUUUAAUUAAUUAGUCAUGUGCCAAAGUUGAAAGUUCUAAAUAAGUAGAUCCCAAACAACAUUUUAGGGGGUGUGUUGCCUUACAUAGACUAUAUAGCAUAUACCGGUAAACUGGACUCUGAAGAUUUAGUAAACAGAAAAGCCAUAUAUUAAAACAUUAGUUUAACUUUAUCGUUAUACAUAGUGCAUAGUUAGAUAAACUAUAAUUUAUAUAUAAUUUUAUGACAUUAUUAAAAUUAUUUGUUAAUACAGCAUUAGUUCUGAAAAUAAAAGUCGCAUAAAAUUAUAAUUAAAACGAGAGUUAUAUAGCUCCUGACGCGAACAGCGGAAUUGGCUCACAGAAUCUGGAGAUGCAGUCCAUGUUAAAAGACAAACGAGGUCGUACUUUAAAAGUCAUAACUUUAAAACUACAACGGCUAAAAAUGUGAUCUUGGUGCUUUAAUUCUUUAAAAAAUUAGCUCUAUUCAACUAUGCCAUUGGUUUAUUUUUACAAAAAGUUUUAAUUUUCUAAUCAAAGUACCUAUCCUAUGUACCUACCCUAAAUUAAUUUUAAAACACUUCAGUGGUUACUAUGACAUGUAUUUAUUGCUUUCCAAUUAGGUUGUCAUGUAUUUUUGGUUGUUUUAAAGGGAUUUUUAAUAUAAAGCAUUAUUUAAAAAAUCCUUUGAUCAAUAAUUUUAAAAAUAAUUGAUAGUAUAUUUAGCCGAUGUCUGGCUAGAUUUAAAAAAAAAUUUCCCAGUCUCAGACCAAAAGCACGAAACGUACAGUUAAAAUAAGCUGAAACUGAUAAAUAAUUAAGUAAGAAAAAUAGUAAGAUUCAGAAGCAUGAGCUUACAGUGGGGUCGGGGUCAUAAAAUGUAGGUACUUUAGUAAAAAAAAAAAUAUAUUUUUUAAAUAUUACAUAUAUUUAGAGCAAAUAAAUUUCAAAUAAAAAAAAAUUAGGACCAGAAUCAACUUUUUAGGUUUAGUACUUUUUGAGAUACACAUUUUUAAAGUGCAAGUUUGUUAAGUAUUUUUUACUAUGAAUGAAGCCUCCUCAUUCUGCAAAGACUAUAUAUUCUAUAGUUUAUAUAAAGCAAUGCAUCCCCUUAUUAAUAAAAUACUGUUUAAGGACAACUAUAAACUUUGGCACAUGGCUAAUUAAUUAAAGCUUUCCCUAACCAAUGGUUUAAUAGUUUUACACACAGCAAUCUUUUAUGAAUGAAACUCUGAGAUAGAACUAAGGUAUAGCCAUAAGUAGGUGACUGUGAAUGGCUGGCCAUGGCAUUUUGUAUGCAGCAAAUUAUAAUCAUUUAUAGCAAGUUAAGGACUUUACCGGGUUUUUGAACCUCAAAUUAAUUUAUUGUUUAAAUUACGUCUAAGUUUAUUCUAAAACACAAGUAUUCAAAUAUUAUGCUGCUUUAGUGGUAAUAAUUAAAUAUAUCCUAAGUAUCAGCAUAUUCCCCCCCAUUAAAAAGAGGGUGUGGUCUAAGUGGGGUGGGUGACCUUAUACCUAUGCCUAUGGUAAUGCAGGUCACUUAGAUGAGCAUAACUAUUGGCCGACAUGUCCUACCUCAAUGAGAAUUGGCACACUUAUACAUCAAUAUAUUUACUGAGUAAGAAUUACUGUGAAUUUGAGCUUCAUAUGAAAUUUUCUUAGGGAAUGAUGCCUUAUAUUUUCCCAUGAAUUUCUAAUUUUUUGGGGUCGAUUGAAAAGGCAAAAAUUUAUGAUGGAAAUGUAGGGCAAGUUGUCCACUACUGUUUACAUAUGGAUGAAUACCACAAUUUUAUGACAAAAUAGUCCUUUUAUCAAUAAAAAAACAAUCACUGACCUCCAAAAGUUAAAAACUCGGAUUCUUCUGCGCCAAUAAAGUUAGCCAGCCCUUCCCACCCCUACAAAUACUCCAUACUCAAAUAAAUUUUUGUACUAGUAACAAGGUGAGUUGUUUUUUUUUUUAAAGUUUAAAAUGAUAAACCUCCAGUGUUUCUUCUCUUUUCUAAUGAAUUGACAACUUUGUAUAUUAACAAUUUGCCAAUGGCUGUAAUAUACUGACACUGAUACUCAACAUUGCACCCUCACCAUAGGUUUUUUUUCCCCCAAAUGAACUUUGACCCUCAGUCAUUAAGAUUGGCAUUUCUCAUGUCAAAGACUAAAUUUGACGAUCCAUACAGUUAAUAUGAAGUAUAUUAAAAUGAAAUUUUCCAUUAAUUUUGUAUAAAAUUCGACUUACAAGUUUUUUUAAAAAAUGAAAAAGAAACACAUUCUUGCUUAUACCCCCCAACACCAAAUACAGGUGGGAAAAAAAGAUGCACACUAAAAGUGUUUUUGAUUAAUUGAAAAUCUAAGUACUGCUACCGAUAUGGCUUAUCCAAAUAACUAGGUCUUAAUGCUGUAUCUUUCAUUUUCAAAGUUUUGUCCAAGCACCUAAACUUGUUUUUCUUUUAACUUCAGUUUUAGUUCAGGGAUUUAGGGGCUACCUGGGCUGAUUUGGGGUUAGCGGUAAGGCCAGCGAUGUGUUCCACAGUAUGUAGGUCACGUAGGUUCCCCACUCCCAGGUCAACUUCCGUCAAUAGCACUGUAUUCAAAAGAUUUCGAUAAUUAUUUUUGUGUUCACUUAAUGCAAGUUUCUGUUUUGUUAUUUUCUAUUUUUGAAAGUGGAGGAGGGGUCUGCCCUCCCCAAAAGUUUGCUUUGUUUCUUAUUUUGAUAUUUAAAGAGGGACAUGGUGUCUCCCCUCCCAGAAGAUAUUUUUUUUUCUUAUUUUGGUAUUGACAUGGUUUUUAAAAGAACAAUUGAUAGCAAAUUUAUGGUUGUAGUUAAAUUCUUAAGAAAUGUAUGAUUUUUUUGUGUGAAUUAUUUUGGGAUAACUCUGUUGAGACUUUUAACUCUUUCGCUGCAGAACAACGCACACUGCGUUCAUCUGCCGUUCUCAAAAGCACUCUGCGUUGUUUCAAUAUCAUGUUUGUUUCUUGCCUAUUUCUCUGUUAAACUUUUUAAGAGCUAUUUUUAAAUAAGACUUUUACAUAGAAGAGUGGUACUUCAUUGUUUAUAAGCGAAACCAAGGUUUAUUUGUUCUCAUUUGAAGCAUUAUUUUAAUGAUUUUCUUCGCUAUUUUUUUCUACUGUUGCUAUGGCUACUCUAGGCCCUAGUAGGUGAGUAAUUUUCCUAGACAAUUAACAGCUCAAAAAGCUUUGGAAUUGUUUUAUACUAUUUCUUUUGAUAGUGAAGAUGAUUUAUAUUUAGAUCCAUCUGAUGAUUCUGAUAGUAGUAGUUUUAGAGGAUUUGAGUUAUAGAAGUGAAGAUGAGGUAUGCAUACAUCAUAUGAUUUGGAGAAAAAAUUGUUUAGUAUAAUAUAAUGAUUUACCAUUUUAUGGUUCUUUUCUGUAACUUAUUUUAUUUAAACUUAAGAAAUAAGUUUACAAGCAUUUAGUCCUUUCAAUUAUCUUUCAUUUGAUACCAAGUUUAGUCUUAAAAACCAAAAAAUAAUAUUUAAAAAUUUUUUUUUAUAAAUCCAAUCUCUCACACUUUGUUGCUCUUUGAAAAAAAAAUGUACAUUUUUUCGAUAAAAAAUUUCGCAGCGAAAGAGUUAAUUAGAAAAUAUAAAAGUGACUGAAAUAAAAAUGGACAGAGAGUUUUCAAGAGAACUGCCACCCCUUGGUCAUAUACCUUUUUCUUAUUUUCAAGCAAAAUAAUCAAUGUUAUCCAGGGAGGAAAUGUAGCCUGCAUACCUUCAUGGACAUAGUUUUGAAACUUAAAAUAAAGUUGUUGGGGUAGGGUGAGUGGAGCAAUUUAUUUCCCUUUUCCCCAUUCUUGUAGAUAAUUGGAUGCUUAAAGUCUGACUGUCACAAUUUGACACGAGCCAGUCUAUAUAGCCUUUCAUAGUAACUCUUGAAUUUUGCGAUUUUAUCUAAAUAUUUUGUCCCAACCAAUAUUUCCACACCCUCUACCAGUGUUGAAAUUUUUCAAACAUGCUUGGAAGUUGUUUUUUUUUUAAAUUUCAAUUUUACCCUAAGUUAUUUAGAUUUUGUGACAGCUAAAUUUCACUUAAACUUUGUUUACCUAAAUAAAAUGGCUUUUACAUCCAGUAGCAAUGGUAAGCAAAGGCUACGUGCUGAACAAGCUUCAAAACUUAUAACUUCAUGGUCAGAAACAAAUGGAGAUGAUGAAUUAUCAAGUUAGGAUGAAUUUCAAAGUGAUCCCUGUUGUUCAGAUUCAGAAAAUUUGUUUAAAAAAGAUCCAUCUUCUGAUAACACUGACUCUGACAACAAUUGGACUGAAAAUGCACAUUUCCUCAAGCUGGAACUAGUUCUAGCAACAAAUGAAAGAGUAAAGCCCUUGUAAAAACAAGGACGAAAACAAUCUGAUUAAUCUAGAUCACCCUAAUCUAGUAAUCAAGAUCAGGCCUGCACAACUCAGAGUUUAAGGUUGCCCGUAAUACUUUAUGAAAAACGUCUCUCUUAUUCUUCUUAUGCCCUUUUACCCCAUCUGGGGCAUAGACCGUCCACAAGAAUUUUCCAUUCAUCAUGGUCCUGUGCUUUGCUUCCAGGUACAUCCCAUAUUUUUAUGUGUCUGCCUCUAGCUGGCGUCUUUAUAUAUUCUUUAGCCUUCCUCUUUUCUUUUCCCACAGGGGAAAGGGGAAAAAAAGCAAAACUUGUGCGGGCCUUAAUACUUAAUGAAAAACUUGUGCAGGCAGAAAGAUAAUAGGAUAGGGGCGAAAGCUAUUAAGAAAAUAAUAAUAAAGAAUAUUUCGAUACUUCGUGGGUGCUGGCAGGUCGCCGGCAGUAUGUUGCGCAGGCCUGAUCUAGACAUGUGGAGUCAACAAUAAAGAUGCAGUAUAGUGGAAUGAAGUAGAAGCUUGCACUAAUAUCAAUUAUUUCCGUUUUGUACCACCACCAUCUAGAAUUCCUGGGGUAAACCCAGACAUUAUUCCAGAUGGUUCAUCACUUUUUUCAUUUCAAGGCACUGUUCACUGAUGAUAUCAUUACAGAACUUCUAGAUUCAACCAAUGAAUAUGCAGAGAGACCUAUGGAAUAAAAAUGGGACACAUCUCUGAGAUCUUUGUAUUCAAACUGGUAUCCAGUGACACUACUAAAAAUACAUAAUUUUUUUUUGCAGUUAUUUCAUUUGGAAUAAAUAAAUAUAUGCCAGGAAUUAGGGACUAAUGGUAAUGUCAUCACCGUCUCCAAAAUAUUUGGUAAAGCCAAAUGUUCAGACAAGACAGUUUCCAGGCAAUUUAUCACACCAUAUUUUAUGUCAACAAUGUGAUGCUGAAGGAAAUGCAAAAAUUGAACCUUUUGUUCAGAAACUUUUAGAUAGAGAUUUCAGCAAGCAUUCUAUCCUUUCAAAGACUUAUCAUUAGAUGAAAUGGUAAUUUGAUAGAAAUGAAGAUGGGCUCCCAAAAUAUUUAAUGCCUCAAAAUUGAAAAAGGAUUGUGUGAAGACCUUUGACCCGGUGACUGUAAUACUGGCUAUGUUAAAAAUAUAUGUGUUAUAUGUAACACUUGACAGUUGUCUUGCAUGUAUUUGUUAAUUUAAUAUAAAGCAAACUUAAUUAUAGUAAUCCUGCUAAAAUAUAUUUUAUUGGGAGUUUUCACUUGAAUUCAUAUAAGUGAAAUCAUGACUUUAUUGAUAACUUUUUUGCAGGGUUCUGAAUCCUCCAGGAGGUGGCUCAAGCAAUAUCUUUGGUGGUUAUGAAGAUAACUCAGCACAGCAGAGAACACCUGUCAAAAACAACCCAGACAACGUUAACAGAGGGAACAAUGACAUCUUCCACCAAGGAACUCACCCGGCUGCCAAUACUCCACACAUUCGCAAUAAUCCUGACAAUGUCAACAGAGGGUCAAGUGACAUCUUUAAUCAGGGCACACACGCUGCGGCUGCUGCUUCUGCUCCAAAGUCACGGGCUCCUAGAAGUGGUGAAGAUUCUUUUCAUACGUUAUUUGGGAAUGGAAAUGUACCGAUUGCAAGAAAUGAAAUUAUUAAUUCGGGUCCUGAGAAAUUCCGUAGAAUGCGCCAUAAAAGCCCUGACACGUUUUCAAAUGUUUUUGGAGAAUCUUGUAGUUUAAAUAGAAGACAGUCGCUUCGCAAAUUAAAUGAACGGGACAUUGAUUCAUAUUCGCGAAUAUUUGGUCCGAAUGACAUUCAGGGUGCAAAUGUGCAUGGAGAGGGAAGUAGUGCAUUUAAAAAUUCUGAUUUUCAAUCCAGUGGGGUCUCUAACUGUUCAAGUGUAUCAUCACCAGGCAGUAUCAAUAGUAAAUCUAAUCAUAGUGUAACAUCAUCCAGAGUUAGCCCGGAUCAGUAUGAAGAUGCAAACUCAUCCUUCAGCAGGGUUUUUGGUAAAUUCUUGGCCGACACUAAGCCUUCAAGACCUAGAAGGUUCUGUGAUAGAAGUGGUAUGACCAAUUACCACAGCAAAAAAAGUGAUGUUAAUUGCGUUUGUUUUCAGUUAAAACUUGACUGGAUUACUUUAACAUUUUCCAUCCUUAUGUUUGGGGUUUCUUACAGAAUUCAGUUUCAUAGAUUUUUAAAUUAUUAAACGCUCUUUUUUACAGUUAAUUUAAUUUAAAGCGGUUUAACCCUGGCAUUGAUUAUAGGACAAAAGGCUGGACCUUACAUACUUUUUGAAUGAGCAAAAUUUAAAUAGCUUUUUACUAAGCUAUACAUUAUAAAGUAUUCAACUUUCAUAUAAUUUUUAUUACAAUAUAUUAUUUUUAAUUAGUUGGUUUAGUUCCUGCAGUUGACUGUGUUCAUUGGCUUCAAUUAAUUAAUUUAUUUUGCUUUUUAACUCAUAUAUUGUCACUUGUUUGGCACAUGCAUAUAUUAAUUUUCCCUAGACAAUUGAAGAUUGUUUCUUUCCAUCUGUGAUACUUAAUUGGACCAAAGUUAUCACUUUUGAAAAAAAAAAAUGUUUUUAUCUAUAUUUUUUUUUCCUUCAGCAUACAAUCCUAUAACUGGUGAGUGUUAUGAUACAGAGCCACCUAAAACUAAGCAGGAAGCAGCUGCACCUGUGUUCAAUCCACAGGUAAAUUUUAGGUUUUCGUUGAUAUUAAAACCUUAGUUGUGGGGAUGCAAGUUGUUUUUAAUAUAAACGUAUUGCUUCUUAUUUUGUUAUACCAGUCUUCUUGUCCAUAUUAGUGCUCUCAAGUAAUGCUAAACUUUCCUCCCAACAGGCUGAUGGCAACAGUGUUAAAGAAGAAGCCCAAGAGACUGCAGGAGCUGGUGCAAGACUAGAUGAAUCAAAUGCUAGUAAGAACCAACAAGCUUCCACUCAAGGAGGAAUAUUUGGUAACAACUCUCACAACCCACCGGAUCAUAGCUCUACCAGAGUAAGCCAGCCACCAGGUGGAAAAUCCACUAAAUUAUGGUGAUUGCUAGGAGCAGAUGAUAGUCUAUUUAUUUAGCUAUUCAUUACAUGCACACAACAAAUGCUAUGGAGUGGGUUAACACCACAAGACUUUUGCUUAAUAAUUGUACUGUUGUUAACUGCCUUCUGUAUGAAGUGCUUGAUUAUGGCCUAAUUGUGAAUAACUUGUGGUUAUAAUUUUUCGAUAUGCUGAAGUCUUGAGUUCAUAAUUGUAUUAUUAUUUUUAAAUUGACCAAUUAUUUUUUAUCAUUUACAAUUUUGCUGGAGUGACUAAAAACAAGAGUGACAAAAUAUUUUUUCCUAUAAUAAAGUGCUUAUUUAUUGCUUGAUUAAAUCCUUGAGUUUCAUUUUCCAUUUCAAAAAAAGAAAAAAACAACAAACCUACAAGGAUUCUAGACCUCAAUUAUAUUAUAUAAUAAUAUAUAUAUUAUUAUUUAUUUAUUUUUUUUGUGAACUAACUUUUUGAUUGUAGUAGUGGUCUUCAUAUUAAUUUACAUCUCUUCUUAGCACUUUCUUAUGAAGUUACUUAUUAAGAAUUAUUUGUCAUUGUGUAUUUGUGACUUAGGUAAUCAGCAUAAUGAAAUUGAAGCACUAGGCAAUCAUAGAUCUGAAAAUGUUCAACCAAUUUUCUUAUCCAAAUUUCAAAUUUUUGCUGGCAUUUGUCUGCUGUAACAACUUCACAAAUCAGGAUGUUACACAUUUAUUUAUCUUUUUUUUUUUUUUUUUUUUUUUUUAAAGGCGUUAGUUCCAAUUUUUGUUUUAAUUUUUUAAAAUUCUGCAUUUUAUUUUUUUCAACACACAUUAAAAGAACAAUUUUAUUUUUUUUUUUUUUUUUUUUUUUUUUUUUUUUUUUUUUUUUUUUUAAAGGCGUUAGUUCCAAUUUAUGUUUUAAUUUUUUAAAAGUCUGCAUUUUAUGUUUUUCAACACACAUUACAAGAACAAUUUUAUAUGGGCUUUCUAUUUUAAUCUCUGGUUUUGCAUCCAGGUCUUAUCUGAGCCAGAUAGAACUGACUAUUUCUCUGCCAUUCUCUUUGCAUUAUGUUUGUCUUCUUAUCCCCUUAAUUUCAGUAAAAUGUGCUCAACAAUUUGAAAGUUUAAAAAAGUGAAGUUUUAAUUUUUUAAAUUUAUUUUUUCCAUUCAAAAAGCAUUUGACCUAUAGUAUAGCAGCUUUAUACUUUCUGGCCAUAUUUAAUGUACAUAACUUUUACUGAAAGCACGAAAUAAAUUAUGUUUACCUCUACUCAUAUAUCCUUAAGGUACAGUUCUUCACUGCAGUUAUUUUUCAUUAAAAUGUUCUUGUACUUAAUAGGCCCUGCUGUUCACAUUACAGAUCUGAGUUUUUAUUUUUCUAUUAUAAUUAGAACAGUUAAAUUUUCAUGGCUUAAUUAUUUUUUUUUAAUGAAUAUCAAAGAACCUGUCAACAAUCAGUUCUGGGGCGUGUUUUCGGCUUCCUAUUCUAAGUCUAUGAUGCCAGUCUGUUUGUGGCUUAGGUUUCAGGUCACAUUAACCCAUUUUUAAGCAUUGAACUGGAUAGGUAUAUGCAUGUUUAUGUACUUACUUCCUUGUAUAUUAAUAAUAGCAACAUAUUUUAUUAUUGCCAAGUAAAUGAAUUUGUUUUGUAUCUAAUUUUUAAGCAUUCCGAAUCCAGCCAUUUAAAAGUGCACUGCACAUUUGCAUUCAUAUAAUAAAAUUUCAAAAACAGGUUUUAAAACUUGGCUUUGGACUGAUUAUUCAUAAUAUCUCUUGUGAUCUAACAAAGUAGCUAAUACUUUUUUUGCUUUCUUUUAUUACUCAAAAAAUAUCUUGUUCUGUUAAGGUACAUGCAAAUUUAAAUUUGAACAACGCUAAUGCAACAUGUCACAUUUAACUUUUUGUGCUCUUUUUUUUUCUUUCUAUGUCUGGCAAAAAGCACAAUUUUGUCACGGUUGCUUUCUGUAUGCAAAGUGAGGUACAUUUGGUUUUAUCAAGGUAUCCAUUAAUUAACAAUAAUGGCCAACAACUUAAUACAAUGGUUUUUAGUUUUUUUAUUAUUUUAGUUAUCCUAGUGAAGUUUAUAUCAUUGAAUCUACGUUCUUCGUCCAUGAAAUUGUGUGUCUUUUAAGGUAAUUUUGUUCAAUCUUUAAAAAUUAUUUCAUAAAAUUAUUGUCCUUAAAAGUACAUUGCAAUAGGUCAGGUUUUGUAUUCAAUGCUUCUUAUUCAUCAAAUAUUAAUUUGUUCAGUUAGGCUUUCUUCAGUGGAGGGAAGCUUAGGUUGCUAAACAGCAGGUUCCAAAUCUAUAUUUUCCCCGCCCUGGUGUUGUCACUUAUGUCAUAACUACUCGUUGAACUUGAAGAACUAGGAAAGUUAUUUUCUGUGAUAUCUUUUUUUUUUUUACUGGCUAAGUUAAACUCGUGAAAGCUCUCCGCUAAGUUGUUUGUUUAAAGGAAUCUUUGUGUAAACCAGGCUAGCCAAGGAUGCUCUUGUAUGUUAUAUAAGUAUUCUAUGUUCUCACUGAUGCAUGCUUUCUAUUAUUGUCUUAUAUUAGAAAUGAUUAAUUUGUAAUAAAUGGGAAAGGUAAAUUAAUAGUUUAGUGAAAUUUCAUCAAGUACUAAAAAAGCAUCCAGUUUGAUAAAAAAAAUACAAAGCUACAAGGAGAGUAGGCCUCUAAUACUAAUAUUGUCAUGGUCACCUACUGAAUUCUUUACAUUUUUUGUAAGGAGAGCUUCAUAAAAGCCUCUGUAAUUCAGACAUAGAAAUUAUUACAUCUAAAUGUGUUUUCUUUCCUACCCACACCAUUACCUGUUUAAACAUUCAAUAGAUUUGAAGAAAUUUUGUGUGUAAUUAAUAAUGAGGAUUGGAUUGGAGUAGAGUAAUAUUAGAUAAAUAUAUAUUAUGUAUCUUAUGUAGUGAACACUAUUAAAGUUGUUGCCCGCAGUUUUAUUAGCAUCAAUGGCCUUGGAUCUCAGCACUUGUGUAUUUUCUUAGCUUGCACCAGUAGGUAACAACCAAUGUGUGUACUGCAUUCCACUCUAGUUGGUGUACUGGCGAGUACUAUUUGCCUUCUGAAAUAUUACUCUUCUAAAAAAUAUUGGAAACUUAUGUUCAAUUAUUAUGCAGCAUAGAAGUUAGAAAUUCCUCAAUUAUUUGAUGCUGUAUUUAUUAAGGGUUGCCUCCCAUGUCAUCAACUGCUGUCCAAUGUUUGAUGGUUGCUGCUUCUUUUUUUUUUUUUUUUUUUCAUCUUAAUUUUAUACCCAAAAAACAACCUUUUUUUUUUAAAAAAAAUAAAAUAAAAGCAUUUAUAUUUUAUUCUAUACUUGAAAAUUGUGUUACCCUACAGAUAGAUUGUUCUAAGACAUUGACCAUAACAUUCACUUGGGUAGCUUGUUCUAAGACAUUGACAAUAACAUUGACUUAAGAAUGCACUUAAACUUAAAGCAUGUGCCCUUGAUUUUGAAAAGGGGGGGAAAAAAAAAAGCAAAGAAAUCUGUUAACUGUUGUUGCCCUUUUAUAACUAAGGAAAUUUUUUUUUUUUUUGAGUUUGGAAUUAUUGCUGUUUAAAUAAAGGAACUGC